AGCAGGAGUAAGUACGGCUCACACUUGGUGCUCCUCUCACAUCAUCACAACAUCAACCUUCACCUCAACAUCAACAAUAUUUACCAAUAAAAUAAGAGCACACAAGAGGAGCCACAUCAAUGUCCUGUAUCUAAAUAAUUUUAAGUAAAUCUGCUUCAGUAAGUCAUCUGAGAAGUUAUCUAGGAGAUAAAUCCUUUUCAGGGCUCAGUUUCCAGAACAAUUUUCAUAAAAAUAUCGCCAAAUAAAACAUUUGGAAUAAAAGAAUAUUAGUAUUUGGUGUGACAAGGAUUUUGGAAGAAACAUUGGCCAAAACAUGAGUGAUAACUCUGUUGAGAAACCAUAUCAGUGUUCUGUGUGUCACAAAGACUGGACUAAAAAAUCACUUUUAAUGAGACACAUGAGAGUUCAUACCCGAGAAAAGCCAUAUAAGUGUGAAAUAUGCAGUGCAGACUUUGCGCAAAAGGAACAUCUGGUAAAUCACAUGAGAAGGCAUACAGGGGAGAAACCAUAUCAGUGUUCAUUGUGUUUAAGAGCCUUUUCUCGAAAUAAGAGUAUGAUUAUUCACAUGCAAUGUCAUUCAAAAACAAAUCCCCUUAAUAAGUAUGCAGAGACUAUUAGAAAACUUAAAGAGUCACGUCAAGCCACAUGUGAGAAAUCUCAAACUGGGGAGACACAAAAUGAAGGCUAUGAGUGUCCCACUUGUCCGAAAGUCUUAAAAAGUGAAUUAAACCUUGCCAAACACAUGGAAAAACACGCAGGAGAGAAAACAUACACGUGUGAAGUGUGUCACAAAGUCUUUCAUCGGAAGCCUCAUCUUGAACAGCAUAUAAGACUACAUACAGGAGAGAAACCAUUUCAUUGUACAGAAUGUUUAAAAGACUUUACUCAAAGAGCUCAUCUUGAGCUUCACAAGAGACUUCAUAAGAAAGAGAAACCGUAUCAGUGUACAGAGUGUCUUAAAUGCUUCACUCAAAAAUCUCAUUUAGUACUACAUUUCAGACUUCAUACUGGAGAGAAACCAUAUAAAUGUUCAGUGUGUCUGAAGGAGUUUUCGGAUAAAUCAUCUCAAAAAAAACAUAUGAGAGUUCAUACAAAAGAGAAGCCGUAUCAUUGCUUAGAAUGUCCGCAAAGCUUUUCACAGAAGAGAUCUCUUGUUCAUCAUAUGACUCAGCACACAGGAAAGAAACCAUACCACUGUUCAGAGUGUGGAAAAAAUUUUGGUAUAAAAUUAAGUUUAGUGGCACAUAUGAAAAGAAGUCAUAUAUGAAUGUAACAUAAGAGAAAGAAAUGCUUAAUUUGAGUACAGCAUAUUAGAAAUACUGAAAGGAACCUUUAUCAUAUUGUAGGAGUAGAAAAGACUUCUAGAAUAUAUCUCAAGUAUAUGAGAGUAUUUGUAAGGCAAUAUAUCAUCUAAUAUCUGAACCAGAAACAUGGAAGAAUCUUGAGAUAAAGAUGAAUGUGACUAAAUCACUGCAACAAAUGUGAGACCGUAGUAAUAGUUCACUCCAGCAUAUUAAUUUGUCUUAGUUUCUCGAUUUGUGUAUACUACUUUCAUAAAUAUACACCACUACCUUGUAACACCUCAAUGUUUUCUGUAAAAUAGCAUUAGUUUUUAACCCUUUUGAGGUGAGUCCCAUAGUGCUGUGGCUUUGAAGCCCAGGUCAGUCCCAUUGGUCUACAUGAUGAGCUUAGCUCUCUCAGAUAGACUAUGAGCGGUAAAUUUGGUAAGUGUGCACCAUAUAAAAAAAUCCUGCAGUACGUAAUGCAUAAUAAAAGAAAUGCCACUGUGUUUUUGGUUUAAAACAGUGACUUUGGUGUGUUUUCGGUUUCUUGGUCUCAUUUGAUAGAAUGGAAGAUAUAUCAGGGAAAUAGAGAUAAUUUUGAUUGGUUUCAGGACAAAGUAGCUGAAUUUGAGCUCAAAGUAGCGGAAAUGUUAAAUUCUUGCUGAUGUUCAAGAGUACAAAAAUUACGUCACUUGUCCAAUACUUGUCCAACUGGUCGGUCUAAUACGUGUUCACAAACACUGACAUUGUUUAUACAUUUAUUACAAUAAUGCGAUAGUCUGCAUAAGAGUAAUUUUUUUUUUUUGUAUAAAAAUUUAAAAUGGAAAGCAAGUGUAAUGUGAUGAACAAAGGAAAUGUUUUUUUAGUAUCAGGGGUGAAUGCGUACAUUGUUUAUUCUAGACCCUAUUUUUAAAGUGGCAAAUUUUGAAUUUUGUGUCAAAUUGGCCAAAUUACCAAUUUCUGAUCACUUUAUUGGGUAAACUCCAGGUAGUUGAAAUGGUAAAUGGAUGGUUUCUUGUACUUAGUCAUUAGAAUAGAAGGAAUACUAGCAAAAUAGCUGUGGGUAUGGGCGACUGAAACAGUGGUAUUAGCCGAAAAUAUGGCUCAAAGUGGGUGAAAUUGCCAAUGCAUAAAUAUCACCGAGACUCCAAACUUUGCCAGCGCCUAUUUCGGUAAAUUUUUCAUCAAAUUUUGGUUUCAUUACCUUCAAGAAAAAGAUUCUCUUGUCAUAUCAUAAGUACAUACAUAUAUACAUAUUUUUAAAUUCUCCGAUCCUAAGAGCAAGUUUCAGAUCAGGGGUUCCGACCCUGAAAGGGUCAAAUUGAACAUCCUCAAUAACUAUGUUUUCUUUAUGCUCAGAUCUUUAUUUACUUUUUUUUUGUUUUUUGGUCUUUGGUUAAACAUUUAAUUAGUUCCUUAACCCUUUGUGUUGAGACCUCUGCUCACAAACUUGCUCUCAGUGUCUAAAAGAAAAAAAGAAAUGUUUUUCUUAUGAAAUGAUAGAGAAUCUUUUCCCAAUGGUAAUGACACCAAAAGUACGAAAUUUAAUGGAAGACUCAUGAAAUACCGCUCUCACAAAGUUGGCAGUCUCGGCGAUAUAUAUGCAUCGGGGAUUUUGCCCACUUUCAGCCCAAUUUUCAGUUAAUUUCAUUGUUCCAGUUGAUCAAACUAAUAGCUAUUUUGCUAGAAUUCCAUUUGUUCUAUAGAUUGAGUACAAGAAACAGCCCAUUUACCGAUUUCAACUACCCAAUAAAAUGGUCAGAAAUUGGCAAUUUGGCCAAUUUCACACAAAUUUCAAAAGAUGCCAGUUUCAAAAUAGGGUCCAGAAUAAACAAUGCAGACAUUCCUGACACUAAAAUAACAUUUUCUCUGUUUAUUAGUGCCCACAGGAUGGGUAUGGGGUGCAUAAUAAACAUAUUAAACUAAACUAACUAACUCUGUUUAUUAGUCACGUCUCCAGGCCCCUCUUAUGUUACUCUUGCUUUCCAUUUUGAAUUUUUAUUCACACAAAAAAUAGAAGAUUUACUGUUAUGCAGACUACUGCAUUAUUGUAAUAAUUGUUUAAAUAAUGUCAACCCAUUCGUGACUGUGUAUUAGACUGCCCAGUUGGACACAUAUUGGACUGUGAUGUCAUUUGUUUACUCUUGAACAUUGGCAAAACAUUUAUGCUACUUUGAGCUCAAUUUCAAGGUACUUUUCAUCAUGAAACCAAUCAAAAUCAUCUCUAUUUCGGUAAUAUAUCUUCCAUUCUCUCAAAUGAGACCAAGAAAAUGAGAAUACAACCAUAAAUGUUAUAGGAAAAUACACCUCAAAGUCAGCGCUUUAAACCAAAAAUACGGUCGGAUUUUUUUUUUCUCAUACACUGUGUGCUGCAGGAUUUUUUUUAUACAUACUGCUCACACCGACCAUGCAGACCCAUUCUCUCACAUGUAAGUCUACCAACUUUCUCCCGAUAGAUAUGAAGCUGCUAGAAUUUUGGCAUAAUACUAGGGCAUCAACACUGGUUUGCGAGCUGUAGUACUACAGCACCGACAUUGAAAGGGUUAAUGCUAUAAAGGUAGACCUCACAUAAUGUAGCACUUCCAUUCUCGAAAUUGGCACUUUAUGUAAAUUCAUGCUGUGAACUGUAUCAAAAAAAAUUGGGUUAAGUACAUAUUACUUUCAAAAUAACAAUUUAACAAUUUUUUUGUGUAUAUCACAAAAAAUAAUUAAUGUUUUGACAAAAUACAUUAAAGAAGUUGUUACUUGUUCAAGAAACGUGCAUCACAUGUCUAAAUCCUAAAUUAAAGCUUAUUAAAUAAGCAAGUCCCUUGAGAAGCUUGUGUUUUAUGCGGUAUGCCUCUUCCUAAGAAAAUUGGCAUGGUUCUCAGUCCAGAGAAAAUGAAGAUGACUAAAUACACAACCAGUGACUCUUGUUAAUAUAAUACACAGUCUUCUCUUGUUCAGUGCACCAGCCAUAUGCCACCGAAGCAGGCUGGCCCAAAAAGAAAAACAAAAGUUUCUCUUUAUAAAUUUAGUAAUGUAUACAGGAGAAGGGGAUACUAGCCCCUUGGUCCUGGCAUUUUAGUCACCUCUUACAACAUGCAUGGCUUUUGGAGGAAGAGCAGCGCUGUAUAGCCCUUGUGGCUUAGCGCUUCUUUUUGAUUAUAAUAAUAAUAAUUUUGGAGGAAGAAUUCUGUUCCACUUCCCCAUGGAGAUAAGAGGAAAUAAACAAGAACAAGAACCGGUAAGAAAAAAGAAAACCCAGAGGAGUGUAUGUAUAUAUAUGCUUGUACAUGCAUGUGUAGUGUGACCUAAGUAGCAAGACGUACCUGAAAAUUUGCACGUUUAUUAGACAGAAAAAAAGACACCAGCAAUCCUACCAUAUAAAACAAUUGCAGGUUUCUGUUUUACACUCAGUAGGAUGGUAGUACUGUCCUGGGCGGUUGCUGUCUACCAACCUGCUACACAAUCUUAUCAGUAGAAAAUAUUUUUGUAAAAAGAAGAAGAGUUUUACCUUAACUUAGAUUCUUUGUUUCCUUUGCUUGUUUAUAUAUGAUUAUGUAGCUGAAGGAGUAGUAGAUGGUUAUAUAAGUACUGAGGAGUAGACAACUGAGAGUAGUAGAUUUCAUCACAGUGAUGAAUUUUAUACAUUAAAUCAGUGAUGCAGUCACACCUUUCACUAUGCAGUUUAACCUUUAUAAUAGUGACAAGGAAGAAUUUUUAUCAUACUGAACCUUAAAUAUAUUGUUCAGCUUCAUAUUGAUAAGAAUUGUUUGGAGAUGAUUAAUAAGUACUGAAAAAUAGAUAGUUCAGUAGUGCAUGUGUUGUUUCAUCACAGUGAUGCCUUUCAUAUAUUUAAUCAGGUGAUGCAGUUAUGCCUUUAUACAAUUACCUUAUUUAUAAUAGUGACAAGAACAAAAUUUUAUCAUACAUUAAAUUCCCUUUGUCUUGCAUGUUGAUGAAGAAUUGUUAGAGAGAUGUUUAUGUAGCUUAGUAAGCAGUGACUGCUGUAGGACGUUUGAUCAGUUGACACUAUCACAUUUCACCACAAUUUUGUCAUUUAUAAUAGUAACAAGUAAGUAUUUUAUACCGUAAUUUUUUUGUUUUAUUGCUUACUGAUAAACAAGUGCUUGGAGAGUUUAUUUGACAAAUGAGCAGUAGACAUGUUUUAUUUUUAUCAUCUGAUGCCACACAUUAAUUCAUAGCUGAUCCACCAUACUUCACUAUAUAAUACAGUGGACCCCCGGUUUACGAUAUUAUUUCAUUCCAGAGGUAUGUUCAGGUGCCAGUACUGAACGAAUUUGUUCCCAUAAGGAAUAUUGUGAAUUAGAUUAGUCCAUUUCAGACCCCCAAACAUACACGUACAAACGCACCUACAUAAAUACACUUACAUAAUUGGUCGGAUUGGGAGGUGAUCGUAAACUGGGGUCCACUGUAUUCUUGUUUAUAAUAGAGACAAGAAUGUAUUUUAUCAUAUCUUAAAUUUCUUGUUUCAUUACCUGUUGAUAAAGAUGUGUUUAAAGAUAGUUAUAAGUCGACAAGUGUGAAUUGUGUUCAGCUAUGCACCACACAUUUCAAUUUACAAUUUUUUUCAUUUAUAAUAGGGAAAAGGGAAUUUUCCUAGUGGGAAUCAACCUAAACUAUUUUUUUCUAAUUUACCCAUGUUGGAGCAGUGUAUUAAUAAUUUUGGGAUGUAAAUACAGUGGUACCCCGAGUUUCCACCAUAAUUUGUUCCAGAAGGCUGUUCAAGUGCCAUUACUGAAUGAAUUUGUUCCCAUAAGGAAUAAUGUAAAUUAGAAUAGUCUGGUUUAGACCCCCCAAAAAUACGCUCACAAAAGCACUUAAAAUAAUACACUUACAUAAUUGUUAUGGAAGGAGAAAAGAGAAUAUGAAUGUGUAAAUUCAAGAAUUAUGUGGAUUAAAGUAAAGGUUGGAUGCGUUGGAUGCGAGAAGUGGGUCAUAAUAAAUGUGUAUGCACCUGGAGAAGAGAGGAAUGCAGAGGAGAGAGAGAGAUUUUGGGAGAUGUUAAGUGAAUGUAUAGGAGCCUUUGAACCAAGUGAGAGAGUAAUUGUGGUAGGGGACCUGAAUGCUAAAGUAGGAGAAACUUUUAGAGAGGGUGUGGUAGGUAAGUUUGGGGUGCCAGGUGUAAAUGAUAAUGGGAGCCCUUUGAUUGAACUUUGUAUAGAAAGGGGUUUAGUUAUAGGUAAUACAUAUUUUAAGAAAAAGAGGAUAAAUAAGUAUACAAGAUAUGAUGUAGGGCGAAAUGACAGUAGUUUGUUGGAUUAUGUAUUGGUAGAUAAAAGGCUGUUGAGUAGACUUCAGGAUGUACAUGUUUAUAGAGGGGCCACAGAUAUAUCAGAUCACUUUCUAGUUGUAGCUACACUGAGAGUAAAAGGUAGAUGGGAUACAAGGAGAAUAGAAGCAUCAGGGAAGAGAGAGGUGAAGGUUUAUAAACUAAAAGAGAAGGCAGUUAGGGUAAGAUAUAAACAGCUAUUGGAGGAUAGAUGGGCAAAUGAGAGCAUAGGCAAUGGGGUCGAAGAGGUAUGGGGUAGGUUUAAAAAUGUAGUGUUAGAGUGUUCAGCAGAAGUUUGUGGUUACAGGAAAGUGGGUGCGGGAGGGAAGAGGAGCGAUUGGUGGAAUGAUGAUGUAAAGAGAGUAGUAAGGGAGAAAAAGUUAGCAUAUGAGAAGUUUUUACAAAGUAGAAGUGAUGCAAGGAGGGAAGAGUAUAUGGAGAAAAAGAGAGAGGUUAAGAGAGUGGUGAAGCAAUGUAAAAAGAGAGCAAAUGAGAGAGUGGGUGAGAUGUUAUCAACAAAUUUUGUUGAAAAUAAGGAAAAGUUUUGGAGUGAGAUUAACAAGUUAAGGAAGCCUAGAGAACAAAUGGAUUUGUCAGUUAAAAUAGGAGAGGAGAGUUUUUAAAUGGAGAGUUAGAGGUAUUGGGAAGAUGGAGGGAAUAUUUUGAGGAAUUGUUAAAUGUUGAUGAAGAUAGGGAAGCUGUGAUUUCGUGUAUAGGGCAAGGAGGAAUAACAUCUUGCAGGAGUGAGGAAGAGCCAGUUGUGAGUGUGGAGGAAGUUCGUGAGGCAGUAGGUAAAAUGAAAGGGGGUAAGGCAGCCAGGAUUGAUGGGAUAAAGAUAGAAAUGUUAAAAGCAGGUGGGGAUAUAGUUUUGGAGUGGUUGGUGCAAUUAUUUAAUAAAUGUAUGGAAGAGGGUAAGGUACCUAGGGAUUGGCAGAGAGCAUGCAUAGUUCCUUUGUAUAAAGGCAAAGGGGAUGAAAGAGAGUGGAAAAAUUAUAGGGGGAUAAGUCUGUUGAGUAUACCUGGUAAAGUGUAUGGUAGAGUUAUUAUUGAAAGAAUUAAGAGUAAGACGGAGAAUAGGAUAGCAGAUGAACAAGGAGGCUUUAGGAAAGGUAGGGGGUGUGUGGACCAGGUGUUUACAGUGAAACAUAUAAGUGAACAGUAUUUAGAUAAGGCUAAAGAGGUCUUUGUGGCAUUUAUGGAUUUGGAAAAGGCGUAUGACAGGGUGGAUAGGGGGGCAAUGUGGCAGAUGUUGCAGGUGUAUGGUGUAGGAGGUAGGUUACUGAAAGCAGUGAAGAGUUUUUACAAGGAUAGUGAGGCUCAAGUUAGAGUAUGUAGGAAAGAGGGAAAUUAUUUCCCAGUAAAAGUAGGCCUUAGACAAGGGUUGUAAGAGAAGUGAAUGCGAAGGUCUUGGCAAGAGGCGUGGAGUUAAAAGAUAAAGAAUCACACACAAAGUGGGAGUUGUCACAGUUGCUCUUUGCUGAUGACACUGUGCUCUUGGGAGAUUCUGAAGAGAAGUUGCAGAGAUUGGUGGAUGAAUUUGGUAGGGUGUGCAAAAGAAGAAAAUUAAAGGUGAAUACAGGAAAGAGUAAGGUUAUGAGGGUAACAAAAAGAUUAGGUGAUGAAAGAUUGGAUAUCAGAUUGGAGGGAGAGAGUAUGGAGGAGGUGAAUGUAUUCAGAUAUUUGGGAGUGGACGUGUCAGCGGAUGGGUCUAUGAAAGAUGAAGUGAAUCAUAGAAUUGAUGAGGGGAAAAGGGUGAGUGGUGCACUUAGGAGUCUGUGGAGACAAAGAACUUUGUCCUUGGAGGCAAAGAGGGGAAUGUAUGAGAGUAUAGUUUUACCAAUGCUCUUAUAUGGGUGUGAAGCAUGGGUGAUGAAUGUUGCAGCGAGGAGAAGGCUGGAGGCAGUGGAGAUGUCAUGUCUGAGGGCAAUGUGUGGUGUGAAUAUAAUGCAGAGAAUUUGUAGUUUGGAAGUUAGGAGGAGGUGCGGGAUUACCAAAACUGUUGUCCAGAGGGCUGAGGAAGGGUUGUUGAGGUGGUUCGGACAUGUAGAGAGAAUGGAGCGAAACAGAAUGACUUCAAGAGUGUAUCAGUCUGUAGUGGAAGGAAGGCGGGGUAGGGGUCGGCCUAGGAAAGGUUGGAGGGAGGGGGUAAAGGAGGUUUUGUG